AUGGUGAUUGAUACUCCUUCCAUGGGGUCAAUAACCACUUCAUUGGUGUCCUUGAACAGUCCUAUAUCAAUUCUUGAAGAAGAGGAAUUGGCUGAUUAUUUAGUCGCCAAGGAAUUAAGAGCAUUAUUGGAAGAUGAAGCCAAAGUGUUCGCGAUGUUUGCCUCGCUAUAUGUUGAGAGCAAGACGUCGAUUAUUGAAUUACUCGUAUUGUGCGAAUUUCCAGAAAUAUUUCCACAUGAUAUUUCAGAGUUACCUCCAAAGAGAGAAAUUGAAUUUGCUAUUGAUCUUGUUCCUGGUACCAGACCUAUAUAUAUGGCACCAUAUAGGAUGUCGGUGUCAGAGUUAGAAGAAUUGAAAUCGCAACUAGGAUAUUUACUUGAUAAGAAAUUUAUUAGACCUAGUGUGUCACCGUAG